CUUGGGGGGUACGGGAACCCAGCUGGUGGUCUGGGUCUUUGGACAAGAAUGGCGUCUAGAUUUGGAAUUGAAGGUGCUCCAGUGGUAUUCAGUCUGCCUCACCUGGUCUGGGAGGCCCAAUAGGCUGCGGGUCUUUCUGAAUGGAACCAUGCGCAGUGAGGCCUCUUUUGCAAACGUCACCGCACUUCAGCAUUUGGGUCAGAAUGGGACCCUAACUCUGGGGAUGUCACACUAUGUGGACGCCAGUGGUGCCGUCAAAGUGGAGAAGGGGAAUAAUCUCAUCGGAGCCAUCGGUCAGUUCAGAAUGUGGUCCAGCGAAUGGAACGAGGAGGAGCUGAGGAGGCGAACGUGCGCGGAUGGAGAUGUUGUGAGCUGGGACCGGCGCGACUGGAAACACGACUGCCCCCUUGAGAAAGACCCCGGCCUGCACUGUGCAUGGUCUUUCUUCAAAGUCAAAAUGCAGACGUCCCUCAGAAAGAGAAGACAGUCAGGAAAUUGUUCUGCAUCAAUGACAAAUGUCACCAGACAAUGGUUCAAGACUAUUUUCCCACUAGGCAUUUCUAUUAGCAACAUAUCUGUGGACUCACCUGUCAGUCCGAAAUGCAGUGUGCAACUACUUCAGAAAUCAAGAGCUGUGUCCGCUACUGCUUGUAACAAAUGUUUUAGCUCAGAAGUUACGAUCACGGUGGAUCCCGCUGAUAGUGUCGAAGUGGUUCAGGAUUAUGUUGCCACACGGCUGAGUUGGACCUUCUCCACUGACACACUCAUCCUGACGGCGGAACACAACAGCAUCCGCGUGCUGCCUGUGGAAUCAUCAUCACCCGUCGUGACAUCUGCACCACCCACUGUGACUUUGCCCGGUACAACCCAAAGGGUUCCCGAGCAAGUCGCUAACAUGUCCACAACAGGAAAUCCUUUGUUCGUCAAUGUGAGUGCAGAUGUGUUUCUGAGGGCCAAACUCAAAUUGGAUUUCAUCGGGAAUGCCUCAAAACCAGAGGAAAUGAUUGAGCAGUGGUUAAAAAAAAAGCUGGAAGCGAAGGGCACUUCGCUCGUAUGGAACGUCCUCAUAGUGGAAGGUGCCUGGAGGAACGCAAAGAGACUUAAUAUCCAGACGCGUUUCCAUGAGCAACACAAACAGUACACGUGUGACUUCCAUGUUCAAGAUUACAGCAUGAAGCACAUUGAGGAAAUUAAAUAUUUCAUCAACACUACCUUGACGCCCCAGUACACAAACGACUCCAGUGUCAUUCAAACUAUAAAUAUGAGGCUCAAACAAAUAUUUCCUCAAAAUUGUUUCGAAGAAUUGUCAGUGACAAUCUACGGAAAAUACUUUUGGCCUGAAACCUUUCCUCAAGUUAAUCAGACCAUGAGAUGCAGUAAGCCAAGCUCCAAGGAAGCCUUCAGACUUUGUGAAUUGCACCUUGAAAAUGACACGACCAGCUGGGCCCAGCCGGACAUGACAAAUUGCAGUCCAAUUGAGUCCAUUUCAGAACUUGAAAAUAUCACUGUCACCACCGAUAAUGCCGCUGAAGUGGUGGACUUAAUCCAGAACCUGGUCAACUCCACGUUGGGCAACGCCACACAGCUUCCGCAUACCGAGCUCAAUACGGUGGUGGAGAAACUCAACCAGGUGGUCAACGUCACCACAGUCACGCCGGCGCUCGGCGGCAACAUCGUUCGCGUUUUCUCUGACAUCUUGAUUUCCGACACGGACGUGGUCCCGGUGGCUGCUAGUAUCCUGAACCUGACGGAUAAAAUGGGCAACACGAUGGAGUUACAGAAUGAUUUGCUAAGUCUGACCGCCCCUUCGCUGGCUCUGUCCAUGAUUGACGUGGCUGCCGAGGGAUUUAAUGGCCUCACAUUCAGAGCAGUGUCCAUUUCUUCAUUCCAGGAGCCUAAUGUACUUGUCAACCAAAGUUUUGAGGGCAAACCAAUCCCGGAUGCCAAUGCGACCAUAUCCCUGCCGUCUACUCUGCACAACUUUCUUCCACCUGGACAGAGAAAUAAAACCCGGGUCCAGUUUCAGUUCUAUGGAACACAAGACCUCUUCCAGGGCCCCCAAACUGCCAACGCAACGACGCACAGCGACUUGAUGUUGAACUCUUACAUUGUGUCCGCAAGCAUCAACGGCAGCCACGUUAGCAACCUGAGUGAUGGCGAGAGGGUGGUGAUCACGCUACGUCAUCGCAAAGCCAAACAAAAUGGCGACAGGGUGCAGUGUGUGUUUUGGGAUUUCAAUGACAAUGGUGGGCUGGGUGGAUGGAGCAGUCUCGGUUGUGAAACUUGGACUCUUUCGCCUUAUCAAACCAGAUGUCUGUGUGAGCACCUCACACAUUUUGCUGUGCUGCUGGAUGUUUCCAGAACUCCCAUAAGUGAGAGUGACAGUCACAUUUUAAACGUGCUCUCAUACAUUGGUUGCGGUAUUUCCGCCCUCUUCUUGGGGAUCACUCUCCUCACUUACCUUGCUUUUGAAAAGCUUCGCCGUGACUACCCGUCGAAAAUUCUCAUCAACUUGUCGGCCGCCCUGCUGGGACUGAGCUUGCUUUUCCUGCUGGACUCGUGGCUCUCGUCUUUUAACAACUACAGCUUGUGUAUCGUCACCGCCGCCACACUGCACUACUUCCUGCUGGCCUCUUUCACCUGGAUGGCCCUGGAGGCCGUCCACAUGCACUUUGCCCUGGUCAAGGUCUUCAACACAUACGUGCCUGCGUACAUCCUCAAGUUCUGCGCUGUCGGGUGGGGCGUUCCUCUGGCCAUUGUCUGCUUGGUGCUGGCCAUAGAUAAAGACGCCUAUGGGAACACUCAGGAUACAGCAGUUGCAGCAAAGAGUAAAAUUCCCAACGAAUUCUGCUGGCUUCAGAACAACAUCUUCUUCUACGUGACGGUGGUGGCCUUCGUCCUCCUGGUCCUGUUGUGCAACGCAACCAUCUUCGUGGUGGUUCUAAUUCAGAUCCGCAAGAUGGCCGCCAACAAAAAGGCGUCGACCAGCAGUCGCAGCACCAUGCAGGACUUGAGGGCGGUGGCCAGCCUCACCGUUCUGCUGGGUCUCACUUGGUUCGUGGGCUUCUUCACCUUUGGACAAGGCAAAGUGGCCAUGAUGUACCUGUUCACCAUCUUCAACACGCUGCAGGGGUUCUUCAUUUUUCUCUUCCACUGCCUGAUGAAAGAAAACGUGCGGGAACAAUGGCGAAUCCAUUUGUGUUGCGGUGCUUUAAGACUCGCUGACCGUUCAGACUGGAGUGCGACAACGGGCGGUCACCGCAGGAAAGAGAAUAUCAUUAACUCCAGCUCCACUGUCAAAACCUCACUCAGGAACACUUCUGAGUCUGACUCUUGCAUGGAAAACCAGAAGGGGACUUAAGAACCCCCCCCACUAAGGUUUGACUCAAUGCCUUAAACUUGCUUUGCCGUGGGGAAUUGUCCAAUUUCACGUAAUUGUUUCAAAAUUAACAGCUACAGUCGUGCCUUGAGAUACAAGCUGAAUUCAUUCUGUGAACACACUCCUAACUUAAAACACUCAUAUACUUGAAGGGCUGUAAUAAUAUCGAAACAAAUAUUUAGCCCGUCCAUGGCGUUUUCCAUUAGGUGUUAGCAUUAGCAUUAAGGUGGCAGACUUACAGGGCAUUUUCUUUACAAAAUGAUGUUCUAUGGAGCCCCCCUAGUCCAAACAUGGCAUUCUGAUUAAAUUUGUGUUUGUGUAAUAUGAGUUAAGUGGUAAAAUACACCGUUCUUUGUGUUAAUAUCAGGGGGCGGCCAUUUUGCCACUUUCUGUUGACUGAAAAUGACAUCACAGUUGAUCAAGGCUCAGUAAUGACCAAUCAUGGCUCACCUGUUUUCUGAAGCUGAGCCAUGAGCAACUGAGAUACCAUUUUCAGUCGACAGCAAAGUGCCCCGCCCCCGCCCCCACCCUCCACCCGUGAGAUCGAUAAAAACUGGUGGGCUUUACUGCUGAGUUCAUAUUCCAGUAAGC